CUAAUUCCGUAGUAAUUGCAGAUAAACGAGAUUUAACGAUAGUGGAGACGUAGGUUGAGCCAGGUUGAGCAAUAGAUCAAUAGGAAAGGGAAAAAAAUUGGUGGAAGUUCAUGGAUGAUUGCGAGUUGCGUGCGCGAUUUACGUUUGCUUUGCAAUAUUGAAUGAAGGACAUCCAUAGAUACGUCACACUCAGUCACACUCAUACUCGUUUUUAUCAAUUCAACUAUGACUAUUAACGCGCGCCUGACGUCGAUCUAGAGGGAAAAGGAAAGGAAAUUAACUGAUUAACAUGUCUGAGACGACUGAGACAUCCUAGACAACCGAUCCACAUCAGUGUUAGUUAAUUCCUAGUUAACAGUUUUAGUAAAAGGAACAAUAGUUAAAAUAAUUAGCAAUAAUGGAAGGGACGGACUCCUCGUGAUUAACGACUUUAGAAAAUGUAUGUUUUCCGGAAACACCAGCAAUAAUACAGAAGCAACAAUGAAAAAUCACACAACCAAGAACAAUUACAAUAGCAACCUCAGCCUGUUCAACCACAUCAAGUAUGAACACUUGCUGGCAGGAAUAUCUGGUGGUGCAAUAUCCACCUUAAUUUUGCAUCCGCUGGAUCUAAUGAAGAUCAGGUUCGCAGUGAGUGAUGGACGAUCUGCAGUGCCACAAUACAGCAGUCUGACAAGUGCAUUUUAUACAAUAAUUAAGCAGGAAGGGGUCAAGGGUCUUUAUAGAGGCGUUGCACCGAAUGUUUGGGGUUCUGGGAGUGCCUGGGGCUGCUACUUCUUGUUUUAUAACUCAAUAAAGACCUGGAUCCAAGCUGGUGACUCAGAGAAACCCCUUGGUGCUACACUACAUAUGUUAGCUGCUGCAGAGGCUGGCGUACUCACAUUACUCAUUACAAAUCCCAUUUGGGUUGUUAAAACCCGUCUCUGUCUACAAUAUGGCUCUGAAAAUAAGGCUGUGAAUAGUAAUUAUUAUAAGGGGAUGACGGAUGCGUUGGUCAAAAUAUACCGCUCAGAAGGUGUUCGAGGAUUAUACAGGGGAUUUAUACCAGGGAUGUUCGGUGUGAGUCACGGAGCGUUACAAUUUAUGACCUACGAAGAAAUGAAAACCUUCUACAACCAAUACAGAUCUCUUCCAUUCGAUAGUAAAUUGACUACAACCGAAUAUUUAUGUUUCGCCGCAAUUUCCAAGUUGCUGGCAGCUGCCGCAACAUAUCCAUACCAAGUGAUAAGGGCUAGGUUGCAGGAUCAACACAAUAGCUACAAAGGCACUUGGGAUUGUAUAGUCAAGACGUUUAAGUUCGAAGGGAUGAGAGGUUUCUACAAGGGAUGCGCACCUUAUUUAUUACAUGUUACACCCAAUAUCUGUCUAGUCAUGCUAAUUUAUGAAAAAUUCACUAACAAGUAAAGAUCCACUAGAUGAGGAUAACGUUUAAAUAAAUAGUAUUAAAGCAAACAAACAAAAAAUAAAUAAUAUAUAUAUAUAAUAAGUGUUGUAGUAGAAAGCAAAAAGUACUUAUAUUCGCAGCAACACUAUUACAUUUUUUUACUGAACUUAGUUUAUAAAUUCGAAGCAAUUAAAAGCAACAUUGGCGUUAACACUUGUAGGAUCCUCUUAAAUCACGAAAUGUAUUUUAUUUUUGAAAUUUGAUGUGGACAUGUUUGGAAACGCAAUAAAUAAAUGGAUCAAUAAUUA